ACUUCCACACACGUAUAUAUACCGUCGUGUGUACUUCAUAAUUUUACACACCAAAGUUAGUUAACAAACAAAAACACAUGGAGAAACAGAGCAUCACAAACACUUCUUCAGCUUCGUGGAUUCGAGGUUCUUGUAUCGGAAGAGGAUGCUUCGGAACGGUAACCAAAGCCGUGAGUAAGAUCGACGGAGGAGUUUUCGCCGUUAAGUCAGUAGAUCUCUCCACGUGUCUUCCUUCUCAAUCCGAGUCCCUCGAGAACGAAAUCUCUAUCCUCCGCUCUCUCAAGUCUCACCCACACAUCGUGAGGUUCCUCGGGGAUGACGUGUCUAAAGAAGGAACGACGUCGUUUCGGAAUCUCCAUUUGGAAUAUUUACCGGAAGGUGACGUGUCAAACCGUGGAAUCGUAGUUGACGAAACUCUCCUCCGCCGUUACGUAUGGUGUCUCGUCUCCGCUCUCGGUCACGUUCACUCUAACGGAAUCGUUCACUGCGACGUUAAAUCGAAGAACGUUCUGGUCGUUAACGGCGGAAGCUUCGUUAAGCUGGCGGACUUCGGAUCGGCGAUGGAACUUAAAAAACCGACGGCUGAGAUUGCGCCGCGUGGAAGUCCGCUUUGGAUGGCUCCGGAGACGAUCAGGGGAGAGUAUCAAGGACCGGAGAGUGACGUGUGGUCUCUCGGUUGCACCGUCAUCGAGAUGCUCACCGGAAAGCCAGCGUGGGAAGAAAACGGAUUCGACUCGCUGAGUCGAAUCGGGUAUUCAAACGAGCUGCCGUUUAUUCCGGCGGGAGUUUCGGAGCUCGGUCGCGAUUUCUUGGAGAAAUGCUUGAGACGAGAUCGGAGUCAGAGAUGGAGCUGCGAUCAGCUUCUGGAGCAUCCGUUUCUGUGUCAAGAUCAUCACUCGUUUGUCACCGAGUCGUCUCCGCGUUGCGUAUUGGACUGGGUCAACUCGGAUUUCGAAGAAGAUGAAGUGAGCGAUGUAUCUAGAGUUGAGCCUAUGGUUUCGGCCAUGGCAAGGAUGAGUAAAUUAGCGACGAGCGGAGGGGUAAAAUGGGAAUCAAAUGGUUGGGUUGAGGUGAGAGCCAAUGCUUUCGAAGAGUCAGGGGCACAAUUGGAAUAUCUAGUUUCAACAAGGGUAGAAUCGGAAUUGAACACGUCCGUUAGACCGCCGGGAAAUGAAGAAUCGACGUCGGCGAUGACGUGUGAAUUAUUGCUGUUACUUGUGGUAGAGAAUAUUCAGAUAUAUGUCAAGUUUUACAGCAUUAUUAUUCGUGUUAUAUAUUUUUGUUAUCAUCAUGAAUAUAUAAUAAUAAGAAGAAGUUGCGAAAAAAAUCUCUUUCAUUCUCAGCCUUAACUUUUUAUUCGGUAUUGCAUGUGA